GCUCGUGGGGCAGCCAGCCCGCGAGCACCCAGGAGAGCGCUCCGGCACCCCCGGCACGGCGCGGGGCAGCGGGCGCCUGGUUCAGCCUUUCGGGGCUUCCCUUUCUCCCCCCUCACCCUCCGCCCGCCCCUGGGGUGCGCGCGCGGCCCCUGCGAAGAGCUGGAAGAGCCUGGGGACCUAGAGGAGCUCGAGGCGUUGGAAGAGGAAGACGAGGCCAUGGGGAGCGGCGCGAGCGCAGAGGACAAGGAGAUGGCCAAGAGGUCCAAGGAGCUGGAGAAGAAGCUCCAGGAGGAUGCGGAUAAGGAGGCGAAGACGGUCAAGUUGCUGCUGCUCGGGGCUGGAGAGUCGGGCAAGAGCACCAUUGUGAAGCAGAUGAAGAUCAUCCACCAGGACGGCUACACGCCCGAGGAGUGCAUGGAGUUCAAGGCCAUCAUCUACGGCAACAUCCUGCAGUCCAUCCUGGCCAUCAUCCGUGCCAUGUCCACGCUGGGCAUCGACUACGCCGAGUCGGGACGGGCGGACGACGGCCGGCAGCUCUUCAACCUGGCCGACUCCAUCGAGGAGGGCACCAUGCCCCCCGAGCUUGUCGACUGCAUAAAGAAGCUGUGGAAGGACGGCGGGGUGCAGGCUUGCUUCGACAGAGCCGCCGAGUACCAGCUCAACGACUCGGCCGCGUACUACCUGAACCAGCUGGACAGGAUCACGGCCCCCGGGUACCUCCCCAACGAGCAGGACGUGCUGCGGUCCCGCGUGAAGACCACGGGCAUCAUUGAGACCAAAUUCUCUGUCAAGGACCUGAAUUUCAGGAUGUUCGACGUGGGAGGGCAGAGAUCCGAGCGCAAGAAGUGGAUCCACUGCUUCGAGGGGGUGACCUGCAUCAUCUUCUGCGGGGCGCUGAGCGCCUACGACAUGGUGCUGGUGGAGGAUGACGAAGUGAACCGCAUGCAUGAAUCCCUGCACCUGUUCAACAGUAUAUGCAACCACAAGUUCUUCGCCGCCACAUCCAUCAUCCUCUUCCUCAACAAGAAGGACCUUUUCGAGGAAAAGAUCAAGAAGGUCCAUCUCAGCAUCUGCUUCCCCGAUUAUGAUGGUCCCAACACAUUUGAAGACGCAGGAAAUUACAUCAAGACCCAGUUCCUUGAUCUCAACAUGCGAAAGGACGUGAAGGAAAUCUACAGCCACAUGACCUGUGCCACAGACACACAGAACGUCAAAUUCGUCUUUGACGCAGUCACAGAUGUCAUCAUCAAAGAGAACCUCAAGGACUGCGGGCUCUUCUGAACAUCUGCAGAAGAGAAAAUGACUUCAGCUUCGCGUCGUCGUUCUGCUGAGCAGAGCCAAAAGGAUUAAAGAAAAAAAAAAGCUACCCGGCUCCCACUUUUUCUAUGACCUGCCCAACCAACCACCUGCGUUCAAGCCCGUAAUAGGAAGGGGCUGAAGCCGAACUUCCUGCUCCCUUUCACAGCCAUUUCCUCUUUUUAAAGAAAGAAACCCCGGCUCCCUGCAGUGCUUGGAAGUCAGCGUUUAUAAAUGAGGUGCGGGGCGGUUUGACACCAAAGAGCACGCAGACCCCAGUGCACCAGAGAAAUUAACGCCGAAGGGGG